AUGGCAGAUAAGUAAAACAUUAUCUAUGUGAAUGUGAGGCAGCAAGUUUGCUCAGUUGCACCAGUAUUCCACUUCAGUUAAAUAGAUCAAAUCUUGAAUGGUAUACUAGGUCUUAAGAUCGAUCAUGUAAAGGUAGAAUAAGAAGUAGACAGAAUCAAAAAAACACUCAAUCUGAUGUGCAAUACUCAUCCCUUAAUCCAGAUCAAUGAUUCUCAUAUGCUUAAUGGAGAAGAUGAAAAUCAACAGGAGAACUAUUAACUCUCACAAAAUCUGGAAAAUUAAAGACUCAACAAGCAACUAGAGAGUGAACUAGAGAAACUUGAUCUUAGGAUAAAAGCCCAGUUCAAAGAUGUGAUUGGUGACAAUAAAGACGAAAUAUCUCUGCUUAAUGAAAUUACUGGCAAAUUCUUCCAAGGAAUACCUCAAUAUAAUGCUGUAGAAUAGGCUCAUGAUAAUCCUCUGUUGAGGUUUUACUGUCAAGUAAAGAUAAAUGGCAGAGAGGUAGGCAGAGGUAUUGCUUAAAAUAAAAAGUAAGCUAAAUACCUUUCAGCCAUCUAAGCCUUGAAAAAUGUGUGCCCCAAACUCUAUGAAGAAUGGAAAGUUAAGUAUAGAAAUGGAGGGAUCAUUGGGAAAGAUUCAUAAGCCAUAAAUGAAAUCCUGAAUGAUCCAAGUAAACUUAGAGAUCUGCUAAAUCAAGAAAAAGAUCAAGAAGUAAGGCAGCACUAGCUGAUGGAAAGCUCUGGUAAGAAGUCUAAGGGCAAGUUCAUCUCACCAUCAAAACCAUCUGGAAUGGCUGACAAAGAGAAUUAACUUUCUUAUAGCAAUGAAGACUCACAGUCCUCAUCUAAUAUGGAAAAUAUUGAUAGUCUAAGUCAACCAGACGGUGAUGAUACAGAGAUAGAUGACCCUGAGCUAAUGCAGAGUAAGAAGCAUCUUUGCCAGAAAUUCACUCCUCUAACAGUGGUUAAGAGUCUUGAAGGCAAGCAUAAAAACCUCAACUUCUAAGAACAUCUGAGUGAAAGCAAGGAUACUCUUAAGAAUAUGAAUGUUUACACAAUAAUCUUCUCUAUAAGAGGCUAUGAAUUUGAGGGUAGAGCAACUGACUACAAUAAACAAAGAGCGAGGUAAGUGGCUGCUCAAAGAUUUCUAAAGUCUUUAUUCCCAAAGACUUUCACUUGGAAGAGGGUGAUAUUACACUUGACUUAACUGAAAGAACCUCUCAACUCAAUUCUAGAAAUUGAAUGA